GCGACAGCGGAGGGGGGAGGCUGUGGUGGUUCCGGGGAUCGAACGGAGGAGAAUUGGGCCUUCCCGCGCCCUGUCUCACGGGGGCGGGUGAGUCGCGGCGGUCGCCUAGCAGCAGUCGCCUAGCAACGGGGCGGGACGGCGCGGGGUGACUAAGCGGGCCGCGGGCUUCCAGGAGAGGGGGAAGCGAGGGGGCGGGGCUUGGGGGGCGCGAGGGGAAGGCGGGAGCGCUGAGGGAACUCUGAGGGGGUCUGGGCUCGGGGUGGUGUGGGUGGCUACAGGCCAAAGGUGCUGCGGAAGAGCAGAAGCUUUGGGUUAGAGCGAGAGCUGAAGCGGUUAUUUACAGCCUCUGAAGGGAAAUGACGUUGUGUGAGAGUGGGUUACGGUAACUCAGCACUGAGCAGAAGCUUUUUUAACGAGAGGUGAGCCUACGCAGUCGCUGCAGGUACACAGCUUGGGUGUGAGGCCCUUACAGCUGACAGGCUCACAUGCCAUCUCGGGUCCGUUAUUUCUUUCUCCAUCCUGUUCUCAUCUCUCAUUUCUGUGUUUGCAGCUCCACGUGAUUUUAUGUCUUUAAAGCCUGACUAAAGCGAUGGUAAAAAUAAUAUACAGGAAAACAUUUUUUUCCUAUAUAGCUUUCCUCUCUGUUUGAUUCAUCUCAAUACAAGGUCUUCAGAACUGUUUCCUGUUGUUUAUGCAGGAGUCUGACACUAUGGGGCCUUACCAUAAUUGGUUUUUCAAUGCUGUCAUAAAUAACACAAAUAAAUAACACAAGUGAGGGCUGGGGCUGUCAUUUCUUUUGCAUGGAUGCAAUUGCUUUUCUUUACUCUUUGAGCUUUCCACCGUGCUUUCUUAUUACAGCUGAGCCAAACAGAGUCUAUCUGACAUCUUUCCCCUCUUUGAAGUUAAACCUCUUCAAAAUAAGCCCCUCACGUAUCUCUUUUAAUGACUUCCCCUCAUGAGAUGAGGUUUUGUGUGAGUGAGGCAUACCUUACCAGUCCUCUUCAGAGUGUUCUGCAAAUUAAUGCUAUAAUACAAAUGCAUGAUGGUGGGAUCAGGGAAAGCACAACCAAUAUCAUGUGGUGAAGACAUUGGACCCUUGAGACCAAGCUUAAAGGCAUAGAUGACCUUUUGUAUUGUAUAAAAAAAACUUUUGGAUUACAAGAUUUACCUGUUCAGAGUGAGAGUUUUGCAUGUCCAGAGGUAACUUAGAAGAGGAGUGCCUAUUAGCCUGUCUCUUUCUUUUACUGGAUAAAAAUAACUUCAAAACUGAUUUGCAGCAAUCAGAAAUAAUCGGUGAAGACCUACAGCGUUCUGUGAUAUAUUGAAGGUUCUCACAAUGAAGAUAUCUCUGCUACAGCAGAUAUAUAAGGAUGUACUGGCAGGCACUCUGUUACCAAAGGAAAGCUAUUAUUACACCUCUUUUCUUAAUCUAUGUGUUGGGCAGUCGCAGGAAAGAGAUGAAUUGUGUGAUCUGCCAUCUACUGAUAGCAGUAUUAGGAGUCAUCAGGAUACUGUUGUCCCUACAGCAGAUGAUGUAUCAUCUAAUUUAGCAAACAUGAACUUCUCAUUUUGUCCACGAGAAGUGAUGCUGCUUCAAUUAACUUUGAUCAAAAUGCUGGUUGCUAAAGCGGAGUCCCAGGAAAUUGAAUUCAGUACAAGACAGAAGUACUGUGAAAUCCUUCUCCUUCUUUUGAAAGAAACAAAAGUUGACUCAAAAUUGGUUUGUCUUCUCAGUAGCUCUGAUCAGCUGUUAUCUCACAUGGCUUCAGAAAGUUUAGCAUCUCUUGUAUAUUUCCAGCUGAAGGAAGAAAAUGCAGUAAAUGUCACCUGGCUCACCUUCACUUUGAAAAGUCUUCUGGAGUUCCCUAUGCAUACCCAAGUAGCAGAAUGUUUGUGGACUCUAACGGCUGUUAUCAAGGAUGUAAUGAAAGAUAAAAUGUUACCUAAACCAGGUAUUUUGAAGUUCUUGGCUCCUCUUGAUGCUGUUCUUGAAGGAUUUUACAAUUCCAUUCUGCAACAUCAUUUUGACAGUCAGCUCUACAGUUUACCUUAUUCUGAAGCUGCAAAUAACUUGGUCAGUUUCACAGAUGUUCUUGAAGCACUUCUUGCAUCUAGAACUCAAUUAGAGCUACCUCUGAGAUGCCAGAGAGUAUUGUUUUUAAAAGUGUCUUAUGUCCUGAACCUCAUUAACUCAUCAACUCACUAUUUCAUCAAGAAGAAGUUCAUUAUGCUCCUGAAAAAAUGUGUCCUUUAUAAGUCUCAAGAAGAUGCUGUAAGUGGGUCUCAGUUCUUACAAAACCCAUAUUUAAAAGAGGAUAUGCUUGCACUAAGUAAUGCUGUCUUGCAAGUUGUGAAUUUGACUUGGCUUAAUGAAAUCCCACUUGGUGAAAAGACCAGCUACUUUGGAAGCAGUGAAGCUCUCUCUGGAGAUAAUUCUCAGAGUGGUUCUGACCAAACUGUUCUCAGAGCCCUAAGUCUGGCUGUGCUCAAAGCACUGGAGUUCAAGUGUCAGAACUCUGCUACAGAAGCUGAAAUCAAAGAACACUUCCAUAGUUCUAUGUCCCAUCUGUUGACGUUCUGGAGGAAUCACACAAAGUGUUCCCAGCACUCUCACCCAGUUGCACAUCAUUGCGAAUGGCUCUCCUUGGUUUUUAUAGAGCAAGAUGAUGACAUGUGGGAAGCUGCAAAAGCUUUAUUACUCAUUUAUUUAAAAAUUGAUAGAUUACGGCAUGAUGCUGCAGAUAAUUUAAGCUGGGAAGAGGAGGAAAGCUGGAACUUCCAUACACAUGCAAGUGGCUAUAAUCCUCACUGCAUACUUUUAUUUUUUCUAGAAAAAAUCACGUUUGAUUCAUCAGUACUUCUAGAUUUUUUGAUUUCAUCAGAAACUUGCUUUCUGGAGUACUUGGUAAGGUACUUAAAACUUCUUAGAGAAGACUGGCAUCGGUUUGUAAAUGUCUGUAACCAUUUUGAUACCAAGCAUGGCACUUCUGAACCAGUUUCUUCUAUCAAGCCUGCACAUCAAGGAAAGCAAAGCUGCGUGGCUGGUGUGAGCUUGCAAAAUGCUUGUUGUGAACCAGAACCACAGACUUUGAUACCUUCAGCUUCUUCUCACAAUUACUUAGUGUUUACAACAGAGCAAGAUGAUAAUGAAGUUACAGAGUCUAACCAGUCUAACUCAUUGCUAUGCAAUGAUAAUACAUCUCUGCUGGGUUCUCUUCAAAGCCUUGUUAAUUAUGACAGCUCAGAAGAUUCUGAAUUAGAAUCGGUUGGAGAAGAGUGCUUAAUAAACACAAAGCAGAUGCCUUUACAUAAGGAGCGUGAGACAAUGAUAAGGGAAACUGUUCGCAGCUAUACAGAUGAUAAACAGAAUACACUCAAAUCUGAAGUGUUGCCUCUGAAACAAAAGGGAUCUAAUACCUCAUCCAGUUUGCAUUGUAUAGUGUCUUCAGAUAACAUCAUUCCCCUAAGAACAAUGCUUUAUAAAUCAACAAAGUGUUUGGAAGAACUGCAAAAAGCUAUUUCUAGGUUGCAGAGAAGAAAUCUUUUCCCUUAUAAUCCAUCUGCGCUGUUGAGACUACUGAGUCACAUUGAGAAGAUUAGUAAGAACAUGAAUUCACAAUAAAUCAAAGUAGUAUUCUAGUGAUUU